AUGUGCAGGAGAACGAACCAUCUGCGUAUAAGAGCAGCAGAGCCAGGAUAUAAAGUGUUCUCAAAGCUCACCCAGCUCUCCCGCGAGUCCCUUGACUACGGGCAAUGCUCUCAACCUCUUCAGCCUACCUUAUGCAUCAACUUGCUCACCGGCCUCAGCUCAACUUCCGUCGAGGCCUCCACCACCGGCAUGCCAAUCCACCCUUGCUUCAGCCAAGUAUCACAGGCUGGAUUCUUUGGCGACUCUCGAUCUCAAGAUGCAGCGGGAGCAUCAACAUUGCCGACGUGGGCCGGCAAUGUCCCCAAUGUCCCUAUCCACAUCCUCACCGAAUGCUUCUUCUUCUCUCUGGGUACAUACAUCCAUCCAUUGGACCUCGCUUGA